CUUGAUUUUCGAUGCCGACCUAAGCCGCUCUCCUCGUCCGAUGCUGCCCCGGCGCUGGGCCCGGCGUAAACCGGACGCGAGGGUGGGUCGUGACGGGUCAGGAGAUAGGGAAUGCGACGGCUUGCGUGCUCGACGACUUGCCUACUUACCUAUCGCGUCUUUCUUCUUAUUACUUUCUCCUUGCUUCUUCUACUUCUACUGCUCCUGCUACUACUUCCGCUAUUACUACUUCUGCUACUACAAAUUCUCCUUCUCCUUCUCCUUCUCCUUCCUCUACUUCAACUUCACUUCCUCCCGUCUCUACCUUUAACGCACGUUCCCG